GCCCUAGUGCACCCACUUCCUCCCGCCGACAGAGCGUGUCUAAACCUUCCACCAAGUAGCCCCCCGGCUUCCGGAGGCGCACAGAGGAGGGCGGGGCCUGCUCAGGGGGAGGUCGCUUCCGAGGUCAGGCUCGGGUCUCCCUCUCCCCAGUUAGGCUGGAGGGGUCAGCGGGCGGGCCUGCUGCUCCAAACUCCAACAUGGCGGCUGCGGCGGCAAUAAACGGAGCCAAGCGCAACUUGCGGGCCGAGAUGAAGCAGCGGCUAGGGGCACUCAGCACCGAGGAACGGCUCCGCCAGUCCCGUCUGCUGACAGAGAAGGUGAUUGCUCACAGUAAAUAUCAAGAGUCUCAGAGAAUUUCAAUCUUUCUGAGCAUGCAGGAUGAAAUUGAGACUGUAGAAAUUAUCAAGGAUAUUUUUCAACGUGGCAAAACAUGUUUUAUCCCUCGAUACAAAUUCAAGAGCAACCACAUGGAUAUGGUCAAGUUAUUUUCAGCAGAAGAAAUUGUUUCUCUUCCCAAAACUUCCUGGAACAUUCAUCAGCCAAGAGACGAUGAAGUGAGGGAGGAGGCUUUGUCAACAGGGGGUCUGGAUCUCAUCUUCAUGCCGGGUCUUGGAUUUGACAAACAGGGCAACCGCCUGGGAAGGGGAAAGGGAUACUAUGACACCUACCUGAAGCAGUGCAUGCAGCACCAAGGAAGAAAGCCUUACACGAUUGCUUUGGCUUUCAAAGAGCAGAUCUGUGGUUCGGUGCCAGUCGGAGAAAAUGAUGUGAAAAUAGAUGAAGUGCUCUAUGAAGACAAAUAAACUUUGUGGUUCCUAGUGACAACUCUUUGGAAUGAUCUGGGUUUUGUACUUGAAUAGCAUCAAAUGCAUUUCUUUUCUGCUAUCCAAAAUUCAUUUGCAACUGUACCCUUGUAUUAUUAAGAACUGGAUUGACUUGGGUGUAAUUAGGAAGGGUUUAGUAUGAAAUAUUUGUUAAAAAUCUUUAGCAAUGGGUUCAAUAGAAUAUUAGGUAAAGGUGAACAUUGCAUUUAGUGAUUUUUCUUCCUAAUUUCCUGGUGUUAAAAUGACAAAUUUAUAUUCCCUUUGAAAUAUAAAUUAUGAAUGAGAUUCUGUGGUCCAACUUGCAUGAUGAAGAUAAUUUAAACUCAUUUAGAACAAGAUUUUACUGUAUUCCAACAUGUCCUUUAAGGCUCUGCUUCAAUCCCUAGCAUACAUAGGAAGAUUUGAUAAAUAUUAAUUGCCUUGUUGUUGUUUGUUCCUGGUUCAGACUUUAGAGAGGGCAAAUAGUACUCAUCAGGACUCUAUUAAUCCUUUUCUUUGUUCACCCAACCUGCAAUUUGGGUCGAAUACUUCAUAGCUUUUGUGGGCUAAAGUGAUGUAGGAUACAACAGAAAUUGCUCAUUGGUUUUGGAGCUUAAUACUACAAUUCACCAUGAUUAGUCCCUAAAUGCCUUAUUAUAGGAAAGCGACUUGUUCUGUCUCUAGAUUCUAAUGCCAGGUUCUGGUGCUAUAGCGAUUAUAAACUCAGCUCCAUUUAUUUGGGGUUUCUGACUUGGAAAUAAAAUUUGCCUUAGGUUGAAAGUUGGCUGAUGACAUUUCACCUGGGGAACAAUAUAUUUCUUGGUUGUGGUAAUAACUUAAAAGUGGCAUUAUUUGAAUAAUUUGUUCAUAAUGGCUUAGAGGAUUGUAUGUGAUUUGAGACUUCAUGUAGAAAGUGGACAGACAUGUUGUAAAGAAAGUCAAGUUGGCUACAAAGAAUGAAGAAGGCAGAAGUAACAAGGUGGGGGGAUGGGUAGGGGAACUAUCUAUGAGCUAUAAGGACAAAUAUUAUGUUGGUUAAAAAAGUGAUUAAACAUUUUGAUAUUUUGAAUUAUUUAUACUAUAAACAUUAAUAUUAAAUACGCUGUAAUUAUAAAGUUUCAAUACUGAUGCUUUUUUAAAUAAUUAAAACAUUGUCAGAAAACUUUUUGCUAUAGAUUGAUUCUGGAUUUUUCAUUGUUGCUUUAAUCUUGGGUGGUUUUUUUGGGCAUAUGAAUGGAGGGGUUUUUUUUUUUUACAUGAAACCAUGAAUCUAUUACUUCUAGCAUAUAUUAAAAAAAGACCAUAAUCAAAUAUUUUAGUUUCAAA